CACGACGUCAAACAUCUCUGUGGCACAUGAGGCAUGUGAAGACACUUCAGUCGAUGCUGAUUAUUGUGACAGCGUUGUGGAUGUCAAUAGUAGUGCGUCACGUUCAUCAGUUGCUGCUUCAAAUCGAAAGAGUAAUGAUAGCUCUACGGACCACAUGCGGGAAUUGGUACAAGCGAUACAGCAGCCCAUAACUAUCGAUUUACAGCAGAAUGCCCAGAAUCCGUUUACUGGAUUCGGCACUCUCGUUGCACAUAAGCUGGAAGCUAUGAGCGAAAAUGCACGAGACAGGGCGAUGAUAAGAAUUCUUCAAGUGCUGCAAGAAGAACGCCUUAGUGACCAAGCCUAG